AUGACUAGCUUAGACACUAGUCUCACGCAGUUAGGGCAUCAGCAUGUUCCUACAGCGCCCGAGCCUACAGUGGUAGAGCCGGAUCCGGAGCCGGAGGAGUUGCAGGUAGGAUAUGAUCCGAUGGAUGUGGAGCUAGAGGCAGUGCCAGAGGAGGAACCUGAAGAAGAGGAAGAGCCAGAAGAGGAGUCGGAUGAAGAGGAACAGAUUGAGGUACAGGUAGAGUCGGGUGAUGAGGACAACCCGAUUGAGAUCGAAGCGGAUUCGGAGUCUUCCGAGGAGCCAGAUGAUCAGAGGAUUUCAGACUUAGAUUCCGGGGAGACGGAAUCGGAGUGGAUGCCGUCUAGCGGGCGUCAGGGCUAG